ACUCGUUCGUUAUAUACAUAUGAGUCCAUACUUUUUAAAAUCAAAUAUGAUGAGCAAUAUUUCUUAUGGAAAAAUAUCAACAAAAAUUUAACUUUUCGAAAAAUAAGCCUUUCAAUUCAAUCGCAAAACGAGCAGAACAGUUAAACAACACUUUACGAACGUAUACAUAUCAGCUGUAAACUUGCAGAGCGCCGCCAUUGCUGCUCACUGCUGUCAACUGCGAAGUUUCUUAGCUGUUCUUAGCGGUUGUGACUCAAGGGAUUAUUUGCAUGACUUUGCCCCUAGCCGGCUAGUCUCCCAGUGUUGUACUACAGAUAUUGAGCGUUUACUAAUAUUCUACAUAACUUUUCAUCACCAAGUGACUAGGCGUAGGCGAACGCAAGUUGAAGUGGCCCUCGCCCAGAUAUUUUCCUGCAUCAAGAAAAUCGACAAAUAUUUUGUAUUGAGAGCCAUACUCACUCUGCUAUUUUCAACACCCUAAAAAAUUAAAUAUCAGCUUCAAAUCACCACUAGUUGAAAACAGGUGAUGAGAUAGAGCUUCUAGAUAAUCCAGAAUGGCUUCGAAUUCUAAGGAUCGAAGUGAAAGCGUAGAAGUAGGGCAAAGCUCUUCCAGUAUCCCCAAUGGGGAGAAUGCCCUAGAUGGGAACAAGAACUUACUUCAUGAUCCAAGCAAGUUUUUGUGUGGAGUUGUUGAGGGCUUCUAUGGGAGACCAUGGACUGCAGAACAGAGAAAGGAACUUUUUGGCAAGAUGAAGAGGUGGGGUAUGACGUCAUACUUAUACGCACCAAAGGAUGACUACAAACACAGAGCCUACUGGCGCGAACUGUACACUGUUGAGGAGGCGGAACACCUUACCUCGCUGAUCCGCACAGCGCAUCAGCAUGGCAUCACCUUCAUCUACGGCCUGUCGCCGGGGAUGGACAUCACCUACUCUAGUCAAAAGGAGAUAGCAGCCCUCAAGCGUAAACUCGACCAGGUUUCUCAGUUUGGUUGCACAUCCUUUGCGCUUCUGUUCGACGACAUUGACCCGGAAAUGCGUGAAGAAGAUAAGCAGGUCUUUCAGUCUUUUGCGCAUGCUCAGGUGACGGUGACGAAUGAGAUGAACGAGCACCUCAGCCGGCCCCAGUUCCUGUUUUGCCCGACGCAGUACUGCGCCACCCGUGCCAUUCCCACCGUCUCCGGCUCAGAGUACCUGCGCACCAUCGGCAGCAAACUGGCACCAAACAUCGACAUCAUGUGGACCGGUCCCAAGGUGGUUUCGAAGGUGCUCACCAUAGAGGCAAUAGAAGAGCUGCGUGAGGUUUUGAAGCGUCCGCCAGUGAUUUGGGACAACCUGCAUGCUAACGAUUACGACCAGAAGCGACUCUAUAUGGGCCCAUACUCUGGCAGGUCGGUCGAGCUGAAGUCGCGUCUUCGCGGCGUGCUGACGAAUCCCAACUGCGAGUACGGCGUCAAUUUCGUGGCUAUUCGCACGCUAGCACACUGGGCGCAAUGCCAGCGAGAUGGAGAGCCGCAGCGACCCCAGAAUGACCCGCUCUCAGCAGACAUCCGGCUGGAAACGGAGUCGGAGGAAGGCUCUGAGCCGCAGCAGGUACCUCCCGACGUGUACCACCCGAGACAUGCGCUGCGGAUGGCUUUGCGCGAGUGGCUGCCGGAGUUCAACAAGGCGCGCACGGCACCCAGCGUGCUGCAGCAGCGAGUGCUGACCAUCACCCCCGGCGCGCUGGAAGGACCGGCGCCGGUGCCGAUCCCGGGUAUCAACACGUGCAUGGCGACGACGUCCACCGUAACGACGGAGACCGCCUCCGUGCCGGCCGGCACCGUCAAACAGCUGCAGGCCAUUGCGGAGGAGCAGAUAAUCAAGGCGGAGGAGGUACCGGGUGUGACCGGUCCGGUGCUCAAUUCGUUGGCCGAUAACGAGAAGAUCGUGGUACCGAACCCGCCGGGCGAGCUGCCCGAGCAGCCGUCGGCCGAGUCCGAGUCGGUACCGCCCGAGCCAAUGGAGUGCAAUAGUGUACCGGCUGCCACGCCGGCGCUUGCCAGCAACGAACCCGAAAAGCCGACGGCGGCCGCCUCUGGCGAGCCGAUGUCCGUGGAGCCGGCGGCGGUGCGCCAGCCCGAGAUGCAGGUGGAGCCGGAGGGCGCCGGCGCCGCCACUACCACCGACUCGCCGUCCAGUGUCACCAUGUCUGUGGAGGAUGAAGAAGAAGAAGAAGAGGACUUGACUGAGGACGACCUACUAGUCAUGACAGAUCUGUUCUACCUGCCAUUCGACCACGGCGCCGCUGGACAUCGGGUACUCAAAGACUUCCAGUGGCUCAAGACCAACUGCAAUUUGGUGGCACCUUAUGCAAAGGCGGGGAAGGGUGCACAGGAACCGCUCCCCCCGGAGGUGCGGGAGUGGUACGACCGUGCCGAAGCGUUCGACGCCAUGUCGAAGAGGGUGACGCGCCUCCUGAAACGUCUGUUUCUCUGCGAGAACCGGUCCCUUCUGUACGAUCUGUACCCGUACAUUUGGGACAUGGAGUGCGUGCUCUCGCAGCUUAACGGCUACGUUCGAUGGCUGGGGUUUUCCAGGGGCUGGAAGGAAUCCUUCAUGUCGGGCGACAACGAGCCAUGGAUAUUCCGUGGUGGUCUCACCGGCGACCUGGAGCGAUUGCUCCCUCUGGACAACGCCAACGAGCUGAUGGCCAACAAGUCCCCGGAGCACCCGUUGACAAAGGUGCACCUGGUCCGACCUUACCGGCACACUGACGAGGCCGCCGUGCGGGGAAUCUGGAGCGACUGUAGCUCGGACCGCCACCCCAGCUUCCAGCAGUAUCCAGAACUCAGUGCCGACAGAUGGGUGGCGCCGUUCCUGACGAUGCAGCCCGAGCACAUUCUGGUGCUGGAGGACGACGACGAGGUGGUGGUGGGGUUCGUGGCGGCCGCGCCCGACGCGCACCAGCUGUCGCGCCAGGUGCGCAUGGCCUGGCUGGACGAGCUGCGCACCAAGUACCCGAUGCCCAAGACCUCCCCGGAGCUGCGCUCGCCGGCCGAGAACUGUAUAGCGGCGCUGCACAAUGACGACACGUUGGACGCGCCGGCCGCCGUGCUGGAGCGCUACAAGGGCUGUCUGCAGCUGGCCGUCCAGCCGAGCGUGGCCGACGCCAGCCUCCUGAAGCGGCUGGUGGCCUGCGCGCUGGCGGCGCUGCGCACCUCCGGCUGCUUCGGCGCCCACGUGCGCGUCCCGUGCGGGGACAUGGCGGCGCGCGAGCGGCUGAUGAACGUCACCUUCAUGCCCAUCGACUCUGUGGAGGGCGGCGAAUACGUAUAUUACGGCCGGAACUUCUAGUGCGGCCGGUAUUCACUAAGUGACGCUAGCCACGCAACGAUUCCGUGAUCGUUAUUUGUUGUGAUAUUCUGUUCAUGUGUGAAUGCCACGUCACUGAUCGGAAUUCAAAUUGAAUUGUGCCGACGAGGCGUAUAUGAGCGUUGUUAAGGUAAAUAUGAGGGUGUAUAUCUGCAGCGUCUAACCACACAUUGAACUGCCGUGCUCCUCGGGGCCAAUGUCGAGAUCUGGUCGGUGGGUCAUUGGUGUAAGAACGCGUCAAUUUGUUAUAAUGUAGGUGAUACCAUUCCCGGUUUAUUUUGCAGCGAGUCAACGUUACGUAUCACUGACGGAAAACCGUGCAGUCACUUUUUGUGUCGUAUGACCAGGCUGAAAUCGCCAUAGCAUCUGGUCAUUAGGCUGCUUUCACUUUACAAGUGGUGUCGAAGGACUGCCAGCUUCAAGCACGAAGUUUUGUACGGUCGUUUUUUAACCAUGGCGUGUGUCCGUUUGUGUUUGCCGGUGGAGCGCGCGUGGAGGCAGCCGGAUCGGCUGGGACAGUGGAGCAGCCUCCCACUGAUUCGGCGCGCAGCCCGCGGCCUGCGAUCAGACCUCACUUUAUAACCUUUAGCCAGGUGCUGAAACCGUGAGCUUGCACUGGGCGCCACCCGCUCUGCGCUGAGAGGGGCGUGACAUCCUACAAAUACAGUUCAACGGCUCUC